AUGGGUGCAGCCGGCAAAUUAGUUAACAUUUUAAUAGCAAUUUUCUUACCACCAUUAGCAGUGUUUGCAGCAAGAGGAUUUGGUACAUCAUUUAUCGUUGAUAUAAUUUUGACGAUUUUAGCAUGGGUCCCUGGUAUGUUAUAUGCACUUUACAUCGUUCUACAGUCAUGA